AUGAACGUCGGCUCAUCAAUUCAUGAUAUUGUUGGAGUAGUCAUUGAAAUUCGGGGCACUUUGAAAGUCCACGCAGAUGUGGCCACUUGUGAAGGUGUUUUCAUUACUCCCUAUGAAAUAUUCAUGGGUGGACCGCCAACAGCCGAAACAACAAGCAACACCACCACCAAAGCUGCAGCCGUCUUUUACACCCCCCUCAUCGCCUUUCCCACUGCCGCCUUCUCCAACAAUAUUGCGAACACCACUCAACAAUUGACAGAUCCACUGAUUAUUCUGGCAGCCAUAUUGAGGGUGAAUAAGGCACUCUCCAGUGCUCUGCGUCAGAUCGCCUUGGCCACAAUCCUUACUCGAGCUGGGCUAGGAUUAGAACCCGCCACUCUAAAACGCAUCUGGAGUAGCAUGAUCAGAUUGACGUGCCUGCCGUGUCUCACUGAGGCGCUUGUAUGCACCCUCGUCUCAAAAUUCCUCAUGAAUUGGCCCUGGCCGUGGGCGGCUAUGAUGGGCUUCACUUUGGCCGCCGUUUCACCAGCUGUAGUGGUGCCAAACAUGCUCCGCUUGGAGGUCGCAGGAUGGGGAGUGGCCGCGGGAAUUCCUACCCUCGUUAUGGCCGCCUCCAGUCUGGAUGACGUUCUUGCAAUCACGGGUUUCGGCGUGUCGCAGGCCAUUGCCUUCGCUCAGGGGGAUAUCGCAAUCGUUGCUAUCUCAGGUCCACUGGAGGUGCUAGCUGGUGCCUGUCUGGGCGUCUGUCUUGCAAUUGUCUUUUGGCUUCUGCCACCACCUGGAAUGGAACACAGCAACUCGCUUCGUGGCAUCCUCCUCUACUCCGUCUCCAUUGCAGCCAUCACCGGCACCAUCAAGAUGGGCCUCCCCGGAGCUGGAGCUCUGUGCUGCCUCGUCUGCAGUCUCACUUGCUCAGCCGGUUGGCAGCACGGAAUGCCCUGGCGCUUCAAACACAAGGCUCGGCGCUCCACCCUCGCUACGCAGCCCUCCAUCUACGACUAUGAAGACGAAGGAAACUCGGACGUGGAAGCCAAUCGGCACAAUGACUUAGGACCUCGUCGUAGCUCCGAUUCCUUGGUUGAGGGGUCGGAAUCAGUUCUGACAGAGCACCAUGAGUACUACCGACAGCAUUUGCGAUCAUUAAGACGUCUGUUAAAGAAGACGGGACGGGCUGGGAGUAAGAACGCAUUAGCUACGGUUUCAAAAAGGAGAAGAUUUUCUUUGCCCGAACCAAAACCACAGUAUGAGGUGGAUGAUUUUGAGAUGAUUGAUCACGGCUGGGUGUCAGAUUCUCAUUCCCCCACGUAUGGAAACUAA